CAGGGAGGGAGUUGCUUUCCGGUAAUAGUAAAGGAACGUGAUACUGAAUGAGAGCGCACCAACGGCAUCCUCAUUAGCCGGAGCCCGACUCGCUUAAUGUUGGUUUCUUUGUCAUCAGGUCUGCUAAAAAAUGACAGAAUAUAAACUUGUUGUCGUUGGAGCUGGUGGUGUAGGCAAGAGCGCCUUGACAAUACAGCUAAUUCAGAAUCACUUUGUGGAUGAAUAUGACCCUACAAUAGAGGAUUCCUACCGGAAGCAAGUAGUAAUUGAUGGAGAAACUUGUCUCUUGGAUAUUCUUGAUACAGCAGGUCAAGAAGAAUACAGUGCCAUGAGGGACCAAUAUAUGAGAACAGGGGAAGGUUUCUUGUGUGUAUUUGCUAUAAACAAUACAAAGUCUUUUGAAGAUAUUCACCAUUAUAGGGAACAAAUAAAGAGAGUUAAAGACUCUGAAGAUGUCCCAAUGGUGCUAGUAGGAAACAAAUGUGAUUUGCCUUCGAGAACAGUAGAUACAAAACAAGCUCAGGAUUUAGCAAGAAGUUAUGGAAUUCCUUUUAUUGAAACAUCAGCAAAAACAAGACAGAGAGUGGAGGAUGCUUUUUAUACAUUGGUGCGAGAGAUUCGACAGUACAGAGUGAAAAAAAUCAGCAAAGAAGAAAAGACUCCAGGGUGCGUGAAAGUUAAAAAAUGCCUUAUAAUGGGUGUUGAUGAUGCCUUCUAUACAUUAGUUCGAGAAAUCAGAAAACACAAAGAGAAGAUGAGCAAAGAUGGUAAAAAGAAGAAAAAGAAGACAAAGACAAAGUGUGUAAUUAUGUAAAUACAGUUUAUCCUUAUUCUUAAGAAGUACUUAAGUAAUUUUUGUACAUUACACUAAAUUAUUAGCAUUUGGUUUAGCAUUACUUUACUUUCUGCUUCAUGAUCCUGUUAGCUUUACCUGAAUGCUUGUUUUAAAUGACAGUGGAAACUUCAUUCCUCUUAAAGUGCCAGUAUUCUUUGACUGUUGGUUCUUGAACUAGCAAUGCCUGUGAAACAAAAAACAAAAACAAAAAAAAAAAGCCACACACAAAAACCUGAGAACUGUCUUGGGACUCUUUGGUGCAUGCAUGGUUGCUAACUUCCUAUUUUUCUUACUGAUUGUGAACUUCUGUGUGCAAACCAAACAAUGAAGUGAUGCUCUACAUCUUCUGAUAUCCCCUUUAAUUUUUUGGCUUUUAAAUCUGGUUGGGAAAAAGGACUAGUUAGCAAAAGAGACCUUUCAUUUCAGCCUUUCUUUUAUUUUAGACUGACUGCAAUAUAGAGACCAGAAGCCUUUAUAGUCUUCCUGUAGAUUUUGCUUCUAGGCAUCUAGUCUUGUAGCAUUUCAGAUCAACUUUAAUGAAUGUAAAGAUAAAACUUUCACAAAAAAGAUUUUUCACCGCAGUUUGUCUCGGUCGCUCCUUAAAUACUCUAUUUUUUCUAAAAAAAAAAAAAAAAAAAA